AUGUUCUUCUCCACGGAGUCCUUCAGAAUGCUGGUGCCGGCCGUGCUGUAUUCUCUGCAGAACAGCCUUCAGUAUGUCGCAGCGUCGAACCUUGACAUUUCCGUAUGUCAAGUGCUGUACCAGAUGAAGCUGGUCACCACUGCACUCUUCAGCGUGGCGAUGCUGAACCGGCAACUUACACCUCCCCAGUGGUGGGGCAUUUUCCUGUGUGCACUCGGCGUGAGCUGGCUGCAUGCAGGCCUUUGGGUGCGCAACAUGCACCUUGCUGGCUGGUCUUUGGUCGCAAUCUCCUGGGGCCUUGUGGCCAAUGAUGGCUCUAAGAUUCGCGAGAAGGGGUUCUUCCUCGGCUGGAACUUCCUCGUAUGUGUAGUCGUAGCACUGCAAGCGUUGGGCGGAAUGGCGGUUGCUGUGGUCGCGAAGUAUGCAGACAACAUCUCGAGACAAGACGGCAUUUUCCGAAGUGCUGAUUCGGUUUGCACUGGAAUACCAAGAGAAAUUUGGACCGAAGGGGAAGUGGCAAUUGAAGCGAAUACGUCUCCCCAUCCUUUGCGGGUUGCCAUUGACGCCAAGGUGGACAAGAUCGAGGAGCAGAACACUAGCCUUGUCACGAGAAUGGACCUCCUUGAGGGGAAGUUCACAGCAGCACAGUUCAACACUAGCACCCGGGGAUCUGAUGGCUCGUCAACGGAAGCGCCGAGGCCAGCUAUCGUCCUAGGGGGAUGGGCCUCUGAGCAAGCCGCCUCCGAAACACUGCGCCUCGUCAAGCAACACGUCGCCCAACUCCAAGUCGACUUGGACAUGGACGAGGCCUUUGUUCCAGGGCUUCGGCGGGGAUUCGCUAUCCUCCCGGUGCAACCGCGGGACGGGGAAGAUGCUGUGAGCCACAGACGCCGCAUACAGGACUCGCUCCGUACAAUCAGAGCGGCAAAGAUCGUCACGGGCCCCCGACCCGAAGGGGGGAACAGAUACUUCUUCGCCACGAUGAGUCAGCCGCUGGAGCGACGGCGCCGAGCACAGCUGGCGGGGAAGAUUAAGAGACUUAUUUUGGAGGCCGGGGGACGAAGUCAAGCCCUCGAGGUGGAGUACGGCACAGCCAACGUGUGGUACAAUGCCGUUAAAGUUGCCUCCGGUGUUCUAUGCUCACUCCGGGAUGCCCGAAUUCACCCCUUUGAUUGCAGUCUGGUGGUUUUUCUCCAAGAGAUCAUCGUCGAGACUGGCAAGCACUUUCAUGCGGAAAAGCAACUUCAGAUUUUUGCGAGCAAGAGAGAUGAUGAAUGGUUGCGACUUGCCGCCAUCUCCGCCCACAUCCCGCACAGUGCCAACCUGCAGGAGACAGAAGGCAUCCUUGAGAUGAUCGCCGACCAGCUGGCGCAAAAACAUAAGGCGGCCCUGGGCCUUGACGCCAACGAAAGUUUCGAGAUGCGACAGGGGGAGGCUUUGCUCUCCGAGUCCAGCCGCGGGGAAACCAUCCUCCGAUGGCAGGAACACAACCGAUUGGUGUUCCCUCCGCAGAGCCUCCACAAGAGCAGCUACUACCCCUACAACACCAGGUUCAAAGAUAGACGCUUGGACUACGUCAUGCUGAAACACCUUGAAGCAGGGGAAGGAGACGUACUACAGCAUCGCGACAUAGCGACUUCAGACCAUGAACCCGUUUGGGCUCCCAUCCAGGUUCGGGCGCAACAACCAAGGUUGACCAUACGAGCACCCGAAUGGGGGAGUCGCCGACUGCGUGGUCCUACCGAAGUCGCUGCUGUGAUGUCUACCCCGCCCUCCACGGGGGACCGCCUGGCUGCCAUCACCAACGUGGCCAUCGCCAUCACCGUUCCGGGCAAGGUCCUCCCACACUUCGAGGAGAGCAGUCAGCUUAAGAAGAUGCGCCGGGAGGCCACCGCAGCUCCGCCGGGGGAAGCCCGCCGAAGCAUGUGGAAACGCGUCUGCCGACAGCAUGGACGUGAACAUGGCAAAUGGAGGCAAAAGUUGCUCGACCGCACGGCCCUGGGGGACUGGAAGGCCAAAAGAGCUCUAGAACAAUCCAGCCGCAGCCAUUCCUGGGAGCUCCCGCUUACGGACGAUCCCGACUGGAAACACACUCUAACUCUCCACUUCCAGGGGAUUUUCCAGAAGCAGAACCAGGACACGGUUGCAGCAGCCUUUGACAGCAUUGAUGGCCGCCUCUGCAAGCUCUGCAAGAAUACGCCGUGGCACCCCUUCACCAUUGACGAGCUUUCAUGCAUCCGAAAGCGGUGGACGAACGGCAAGGCCUGUGGCCCCGACAUGGUCUCGCACGAGGCACUGAAGGCUUUGUUGCAACAUGAUUUUUGGGGGGAGAACCUCCGAGAGCUCUUCAGCGAUAUGCUAUAUACCACCCGGAUUCCUCAGAGCAUCGAGCGGGGAAUCAGCAUCUUAUUGGCCAAAAACAGCGCCCCCGCAGACUGGGGCGAGACGAGGACGGGGGAUUACAUCAUGACGCCCUCACGACUCCAGUGGUCUCGAAAAUCCAGGCAAGGUGUUGAGCUGCUCAUGAUCAUCCGUCGCAUUUGCCGCAUCGCUUUCGACUUCGGCCUGGAGAUGUAUGUGGCAAAACUGGACAUCCGCAAGGCCUUUGACUCCGUCUUCCAGGAAGCCAUGGCCCUUCGAGUUGAGGAAGACGUUGCCAUAAAAGGGGGACGACCAUGGGAAGCACGAGCAUGGGUGAAGCUGCUACGCUCUAAGAUGAUCACCGUCAGCUUCCGGGGGGCCACCCUCGAGCUACCACAGACAAACGGUGUUCGGCAAGGGAGCCCCGACAGCCCAGUGGCGUUCGGCUCCGUGGUUGCCAAGGACCUUGACGAAUGUAUCAGCGAAGCACGUGCAGUCAAGCCGACUACUGAUGAGCCCCCCCCAGAAGAUGGGGGAAGCUACAUGGAUGAUACCUACCUUUGGUCGAUGUCAGCUACACACUUGCAGAAGAUGCUAGACCUGCUGGGGAACAAGCUCCCCAAAAAAGGGCUCGUCCUCCACCCGGGGAAGAUUGACAUCAUCAGCAACAGGACUCCUGCCACCUUCCACAUAGGUGGCAAAAUGGUCCCGACCAAAGACCGGAAGCACGUCAUCACGGUUCUGGGGAGCCCUGUGGCCUUCCACACGACACCCUCCCUGAUCGUCGCUGCCAUGCAAUCGCGGGGGAGGCGCGCCUUUUGGUCGCACAAGGGGGAGCUCAUGGCAAAGGCCCCCUUAGCGAAAAAGAUGAUUUUGCAUACGAUGCUGGUCCGCCAAGCAGCUUUAUGGGGCUGCGAAACUUGGCCGUAUAACAUGCAAAUCCUUAAGCAAGCGAACUCGAUGCAACUGCUCCAUAUACGAGAUAUGGCUGGAUUACGAAGAGGGGGAACGGAGUCCUGGGUGUCGUGGAACCAAAGGACUCUCCGACGUACCCGCCUCUUACUCUUCAAGCACGGGGUAACGAAGCAACACCCCGCUGCAAGCCGUUGGUCCACCUUUAUCCUUGAGCAGAUUUGGGGACUCCUUGGACAUAUGUGUCGCGGCGACCCUGUGGGGGGACAAAUCCUUCGCUGGCGCUCUUUGGCUUGGUGGAAUGCUCACAGACCGCCGCAUGGCAAUGUCACCCAUGCAAGCCGGUUCAAUGCCUUCAUGGACAUCGACCGCCAAGUCACCUCCAUUGCGGGGGAGAACUGGCACCUUGUCGCGAUGAACAGGGAACAGUGGGCCUACCUGUCGAAGCGAUGGGUAGAGAAGUAUGACGUGCCAUGGGCUACGGGCAAGCAGACGAGCAUCGAGAACCUGACGCCGCAUUCAAGAGCCGCUCCCGCACAUCACGACAGUUCCGUCGACGAGAUCGAACCGCCCGUGGCAGCAGAAUGCCCACAGAGCAGCCGAAUGCCGCCUCCCACUCAGCUUACUUGGCAAUCCACCCACUUCACCGCCCAGGGCACACCAUACACGGCCUGGGGUGGAUAUGCCAUGGCCCCGCAGGCCCAGCAAUUCCCACACACUGGCACCCAACCUGGGGGGAUCUACUUCCCGCCUCCGGCCUACCAGCUCCAGUACACCCAGCCGCAGCAGGCCCAGCCGCCACCGCAGCAAACCUCGUACGGCCCGAACCGGGCCCCGCCACAGCAGUUGACACCUUCACAGACAGCAGCACUCCACUCCACACAGCCGUUGCAGCCUACGAGACCUACAGGACAAGCGCAGCCACAGGUCCCCGUGGUCCCACAGACACAGCAAGCUUACACAGCACCUUCGGUCUGCAAACCCUGCGCCCCUUGCCUCCCUCGUGGCUACGCUCGACCGUAUGACCCGGAUGAUGACCCAUGGAAUACCCCCUACAGCUCACCCCGCAAUGGUGGCGCGGGGGAUGCGAUGCCGCCAGCUGGCUUCCACACAUCGAACCUCCCGAACCAGGAGCCUCCGCCUCAGGGAAGCAGCCGACCACCACGGGAGCCGACGCCACAAGCCGCGCAGCCUUACUCAGCUUGGUACGAUAAUGCCACGGACGACCCGCCGCAGCCGCAGCCCCAGACACAACACCACACGGGGGUGACAGUGCCACCUCCAGCGCAGCAAGGCUCCACCGCUCCACAUCCCAGACAAGAACAGCAGCCCAACCCCGACCAGAGCAUGCACCACGCGGCCACAGCAGAUGUCCUUGACGACCCCCCGAGCAUCCCGCCGUGGGAAACAGCCCAAGCUGACCACCUGCCACAAGCCCACGCAGCCUCCGCGACCUGUCCCUCGCAUACGAACCCUGGGGGAAGUGCAUUUACGGCCAAGGAACUUGCGAACCAGCGAGAGUGGUACGAGGACCAGCAAGGAACCUUUGACGGCGACAUCCCCCCAGAAAUCCCCUGGGAAGGCAGUCAGCAACAGCAGCAGCCACAGACCGUCCUGACAGGGGAAGCAGUGCCCCCUCCUCAGGACCCCUCUGCAACAGCAAGAGACGGCGCCGAUGACAAGACUGAGCAGCCGCCCGCACCACAGCAGCAGCAGCGCACGCCACCAUGGGAAACUCCGGGAUGGGGAGGCAUCCCUUCCUCCAGGCACACACAUUCUGCCACGCGACUUGGGGGACAGGCCUCUACACAACAGACAGCUACAGCGGGACACGGCUCCCAACGGGUGGCCAACAAGCGGGGCAAAUACGUGUACAAGCAGCUGCGAAAAAUGGGCCGCCACGUCCCCCGCCCUCGACCUCAGCCACAGCAUGGGCCCGGAUGGGGCUACCAGUUCCAGGCCGACCGCAAUGACAGGGAACGAAAAGGGGGAGCAAACGAUGCGCCCAGCACCAGCGACGAUUCUAGCUACACCAGCAGCAGCAGCGAUGGCGAUCACGGGUGGUACAACAACCACGCUCCCCACUUCCAAUCCCACACCAGUACAGACCCACAUAUCGGCAACACGGGGGACAAAGCCAGCAACCAAGCCAAAGACGACUGGAAGACGCUUCUCAACAAGCACCUACUCCCCCGUGACCACCCCACAACCGACACCCCGGUGCAAGCACAUCAGUCGGCAGAGGAGCAUACCAGCCACGCGGACCUCGCGCCAACAGACACCCCUGACUCCGUGCCUGCCAUCACAGAAGCUCGGGGCCAAGACGCAGAAGCCGAGGGGGACACCCAGGCCCAGGCCGAAACACAUCCGGCGGAGGAGCAGGACGACUUCACGUGGCCGCCAGAUAUCCCCACAACGGCCGACAGCACCUACUCGAUCUACAGGCUCAACAACGACUGCUGGGAGAUCGCCAUUGAGUUCCGCCCGGACUUCAUCCCCGACUUUGGGGGAGCACGCGCCGGUGGACCAGCCGACAAUGAGCUGCACAUCAUCAUUGCGGGGGAUCGGGGACCCCUCGAUAGAGCACCAAAGUUCGGGGCGGGUACACGCCUCCGACUGUGCCCCAUAGGCGGUGACAGACUGUGGUACGUUUUCGUCAUCGAGGCCCCGCCCAUGGACAUGACGGAGGAGUACAGUUUCCUCCUAGCAACGGGGGACAAGUUCGCCAUCCAAGCCGGGCGAGCUGGACGUUGGGAGAUCGAGAUGGCGCAAGAAAGCACUAGCCCCCCACAGGAGGUCAAGCAAGCCCGACACUACAUCCGCACACGGGGGACCACGCAGCGACGACUCCGGGGGAUGCCGCCCACUCACUCCCCGUCCCAGGCUGCCUCCUCCUCCGACCCGCCGCCCCAGCAGUUGCAAGGCCGCUCACAGACAACAGCACUCCACCACAGCACGGCCGCCUCUUCUACAGACCCACAGCCACGUGACGAACAGGGGGACACCCAACACAAGGCCAGCCCCCAGCAGCCGCAGACCUUCUAUGGGCCGCCACGCACCAAGACCCCAACUCAUGUGCCGACAGCAGGGCAGCAAAGCCAGAACCCGCUCCAAGAUGGCCGUACACUUCGACGAGGACAACAGGACCGCAAGCCAAACGACCCGCACGCAGCCCCACCGGCAGACCCACAUUUUUACCCGCAAGCCCGAGAUAGACGGAACCUCGGCGGGCGAACCAACCAGGGGCCAUCGCCGCCACCAGCGCCAACACCGGACGACCCAGCAGCGGACCAAGACACAGCAGCUAUGAUGCAGACUGCCCCGGCCGCCCUCAAGAGACAGCACGGGGGCGCAACUGCGACCGACCCCGCACUCGGCCAGCACAGGCUAGCCGAACACCUCCCGAAUGGGGGAACAAUCGUGGCCGUUGUCGACUGCGCCCUCGCAGACGUUCUCAUGGACAGCGAUGCAGAGCAGCAUGUUGACAUGUGUAUAGAGCAGUUGCUAGGUUUGAGCCAUGGCACGGGGGAACAAAGGCCACCCAAGCGCCGUCGACAGGUGAUGACAGCCCGACAAGCCAUUCGGCAGCUCUCGGAUCUGGCCCGCGUGCAGCUCACGGAGCGGGGGAGGCCAGUCACUGUGGCCGACCUAACGCCAUGCCUGGACGCAGUGGUUCGCUGGUUGCAACGCAUCACGGGGGAAACCCUGAGCGACACCAACAUGCCCGACCUGAUGGCGACUCUGCGACAAGUUCUCCAAGCAAUUGGGGAAGGGACGUCGACUCUGGACCACUGGCGACAACUGAUGACCGUGGGGGAAAGCCUUCGAUCUCUGUUUGAGAUAACAGAAGGGGAACGAGCGGAAGAGAACGUGCAACCGCAGCUCGAGGGCAACCAACCCGGGGAAUACGCCCUCAUCUUCGAGCAGAUUGCAGCCUCCUUCGCGCAGUGGAGCCACGACGAGCAAGCCAUGCUGCAGGCCGACCUCCUCAACCUGUUGCACACCACGUCAGCCAUCUUGCACAGCCAAGCAGCAGAGAUCGCUGCCACUGCUGCGGAUUCCCAACCGCCGACCCGCCGGGGGGACCCACGACAAGCUGCAAGACAAGCCGACUGGACAGCCAGCGCCACAACAGCGGGGGAGGAUCCUCAAGUGAACCAGCUUCUGAUGCCUCCCACCGACGCCGUCGAGAACUCGCUGCUCAUGCCCAGGACUUGGAAGACCAUCAUGACCUACCUGACAAAGUUCAGCAGAGUACCUUCAGACUAG